GUACAUCUUACAAUCCCAAAUUCCCAAUCCAACCUCGUGCCCUACCGAACGAGAUCUUUAGGUUCUUGAAUACUACGUAGUAAUCUUCCCUCAAUCGAACCUUCCGUGUUAAUUUGGGGUCGAUCGGAUAAUACAUGGCAGCAGAGUCUAGUAAGCCGCCCCAGUCAGUCUACGAUUUCACCGUUAAGAAUGCUAAAGGAGAGGAUGUUAAACUUAGUGCUUACAAGGGAAAGGUCCUUUUGAUUGUGAAUGUUGCAUCACAGUGUGGCCUGACAAACUCAAAUUACAGUGAAUUGAAGACGUUGUAUGAGCUAUACAAGGAUAAAGGUUUGGAGAUUCUUGCAUUCCCUUGCAACCAGUUUCUUGGCCAAGAGCCUGGCACAGAUGAAGCAAUCUUGGAAAUGGCAUGUACUCGCUUCAAGGCUGAAUUUCCCAUUUUCAGAAAGGUUGAUGUUAAUGGUAAAGAUGCUGCUCCGCUUUACGAGUUCUUGAAGGCAAGCAAAGGUGGAUUUUUGUGCAAAGAUAUCAAGUGGAAUUUCUCUAAAUUUCUUGUUGACAAAGAGGGAAAGGUUGUGGAUCGCUAUGCUCCCACUACAUCUCCCUUAAGCAUGAAGAAGGACAUUGAGAAACUGCUGCUCCAGACAUCUUAAACCUAUUCUACUCCUCCCAAAUGAUAUGUGCUAUUAUUGAUGUGGUUGAUGAUGUUGCUGAUAUUCCGUGCCCUAAAUUAAAUUAUGAAACUCCAAAAUGUGGAUGUGAAUAAAUGCGAGCCCGCUUUGUAUUCCCUGCCAUCAAUAAUUCAAGUAUUGACUCUGCCAAUAUGAAAUUACUAUAUUUCUGUGUCCAUCUAGUUUUUCUAUGGGGUUUGGAUAACAAUGUUCUCCAUCAUUUGCAAUAGAACCAAAGAUUCAUUAUUUUUUGGCUUGAGAUUAUGAUGGAAUAAAGCAAAAUGCUCACUAAA